ACGUACUGCACUAUUUCAUAAAAUUUCAAUCACAGUCACCAAUCAGUAUUAUAACACUCACAUUAUUUAAAAAAAUCUUCAUAAGUCCUAUUAUCGAAUAGUUUCGAAACAGUUUUUAUUUUCAAAACUUAUAAUUCAAUAUUCGGAAACGGAGUUUUUUUUAUUUAUUAACAUGCAUUUGAAAAAUAUACUGUUUUUCUGUGUGGCGUUAUGCUUUUUUCAAUGUCAGGGUGCCCCACCAACUGCAUCACAACUUAAAGGGAUUAGAGACUUAAUCAAGGUAAAUUUGGACGUAGACCGCCGAAUGGAUUUUGCUCGAUUAAGGGAGUUAUUGUGUUUAGUAACAUAUAUGUUCGACGAAGAGAUUGAGGUACCCAGUGCGGAAGAAUUGACUAUAGAUUAUGAAUAUUCAAAUGACCAAAUUCAUAUUUGCCUCCUAUCGCUCUCCACCGAAGCAACGCCAAUGUUAAAUGAUUUGGUUACAGACAUGGUAGCAAGAAAUAUGGGGGAAGAUGAAGAGCUAGACUCUUAUCAAGUAAAAGCUAUAUGUAAAAAAUUAGCAAUGCUAAUCGAAAUACCUGAAGAUUUUGACAGUAUAGAUGUACUUGAAAAAGAAUUAGAAUUAAACAAUACAUUUAAUAAGAAGGAAGUUUUAAUCUUAGCCCGAGCGUUUGCUGCUACAAAAGAACCGGGAUUAAAUACAAUAAUAAAAAGAGAGAUCCAGAGAUAUAAUGAUCGUGAUGUAAAAAUAUAUGAAGAAUUCAAAAAAAUAUUCUUGAAUGUAAAACAGAUAUCGAAAUUACCCAUGGAAUUCUUUUCGGAAGAAGAAUGCAAGGAGGGAUAUAAAAGAGCUAGAUACAACGCGGCACAAAUUGAACGCAUUGUCAUGCAAAAAUUUUUCCCUUCAUAGUUUGAUUAUAAUAACUGUUCUCGAAUUAUUGCAUAUAUGUAAUAAACACAUAUUCACAUACAA